UGCUCGAUGAACUUCACGCUUGUAUCGGGCGGAGCUGCUUACAUGAGGUUACAGGCGGGCGAGGCAAAGUAUUCUGGCACGAACACACUUAUCGAGUAUGAGAUUGGGAAGGUGAAGCAGACAGCGGGCGUCGAGAGCCACUAUUCCACUAUGCGGGUGGAUGUUCAGUUCACCAGACGAUCCGGUCAUUACGUCAUCACGCACCACCUACCAAUCGCAUUCAUCUUAAUCUUGGCGUAUGGGACGCUCUUCCUCAAGCUCCCUACCUUCCUAGAUCGGAUCAUUGUCUCCUUGUCCUCCUUCCUGCUCGCCGUCUCCAUCUUCUCGCAGGUAACGAUAAAAGGCGGGUUCGGGGGGCGGUAAAAGCGUGGGGUAGGAGUCUUUGGUCGAG